GUCAGCGCUUGCAACCGACGGCACAACCUUGAACGCCCCGGGCCUCUGAUUCUAACAUGCGCAAACAACGCCUGCAUUACAGCUUCGGAUUCAAACUCGAAACCAACCUUAAAGUUAGCUGAAACGCCUUCCUCCUUACUAUGGAUCAGGAUUCCUUCAGGCAACUUCUUCAGACACCUCGAAUACCAGGUGCGACUCCGCAACUCAAAGGAGUACAGGGAGCAUCUCUACUAAGGCAGAAAGCCUCAGGAUCAUCUGCACCAGCGUUCAAACCACGCAAAGUGAAGAAGACUGAAUCUAAAUACCGUGAUAGGGCCGCGGAGAGACGUGAUGGCGGGAAAAGUGACUAUGCUCAGGUCGAAGCUGUUCUCGAAGUUUUCGAACAGCGGACUGCAAAUGACGAUAAAAAUACUGUCGACGAGCAGCGCCAGUAUCUUGGCGGAGACAGCGAACAUACGAUUCUGGUGAAGGGCCUAGAUAUGUCCCUGCUAGAGCAGAACAAAGCUCGGGCAGCUGCUUCUACCGAAGAUGAUGAUACCCUUGAGCAAGCUUUUAUUGAAGCCUCCUCGGGACCCACGACACAUAAGAAGAGGACUCGCGAAGACAUCAUCCGGGAACUGAAGGCCAAAAGGAACGACAAGGGCCCGCAACCCCCCGACACAACCGUGGAGGCUCUCGAAGAUGGGGCCCGCGACCUUGAGAAAGCAAAGAAGGCAGGGAAAUUCAAACCAAUCAGUUUCAAGCCAAUAGGGGUGCAGAAAGGUGACAAGGGUACCAAAAAGCGCAGCAAGGAAGAUAGUGAAAGUCGUGACAAAAAGAGGAAGAAAAGGAAAGUGGAGGGAACUUCGGGUUCACCUCAGCCGGCCAACACCAUCCCUCACCUGGAGGCUAAGCAUCCAGCGGUAGCGCCAACUUCUGUUGCCGAAGUAUUCUCGCAGGCCGACCAAAGGCCUCCAUCUCCACUCGACGACAAUAUGGAUAUUUUUGCGGGGGCUGGUGACUAUGAAGGUUUUCCUGGGGAUGAUGACAGCGAUGAAGAUGGCUUAGAUUCCGCUCACAAGACCGAAUCGGAGCAUCGAUGGUUUGGAGAUGAAUACGGUGACGAAGGAUCGAUACAACCGCUAGCAUCCACGGAGAGCACUGCACCUCAGUUGCCUUCAUCAGACCACAUACCUCAGGUAGAUGAAGAGGAAGAGGAAUCUUUGCGUCUCAAGCCAUUAGAGUCAUCUGCAUUGCCCUCGAUCCGCGAUUUUCUUGCGAUGGAUGCUGCUGCCGAAAAGGAGGAUAAGAGGAAAGCCCGAAAGGAGAAACGGAAAAACAAGAAGAAAUCUGGCGGGGAUGAUGACGACUGAGGCCAGCUACA